AUGAAUUCUGACUUGUGCACUUCACCACUAAGCACAAGGCUGGAAAAGACACUUGGGACUUCGGCUAAGGAGACGGAUAGCAUAUUUUUUGAUCCGUCUAAAUCUCCAAACCCUCUGAUGUGCUGCACGACGGCAGUUCAUACACAACAGAAUGAUGAGGAAGCAGUGUCCAUAUCCCGUAUAUCCAGCUCCAAUAGAGGCUAUAAAGCCAAGCUUGCUGCCCGUGAGACUGCACGCCAACGCCUUGUGGUGACUGCAUGGGAAAUUGAAGAAACAGAGCGCUUCACUGCAUUCCUUGAUGCCCUGCAUACCGAGAAUGAAGAACGACUUGGAUUUGCAGACAAGGAGUUGCAGAGCUUUAGGAAGAUUUUUUCUGAGCGUGACUGCAUGGAAGUUGAUGAUGAUAGAGAUUACCUUCAAGCCAUCUAUGAAGAUGAAUGCGAAAUCCUUCGUGUUACCUCAGCCCAAGCUGAACAGAUCUCAAAGAUCUUAGGUUCACGAACCAAAGACGCAUUCUUACAAUCCGGACCUGUGGACUCGCGAUCCCGGUUCCCCAGUCUUGAGAUUCACGAUGAUGAUGAUAUUGUUCUAGACUCUUCUUUGGACCUGGAUUCCGAAGAAGAGUGUCUUGGGGCACCGGUGGGGGCUGGUGAAGCGCCUGAUGAUGUGACUACUAGUACCACCAUCUGCAUGCCCUUCCAAUCGCGGUCUGGUCUGAAUCCCUCACACGUCCCAGCGGACACUCAGAUGCGUCUCAGCGACGAACAACCCCAUGAACCAAUGGCAAACACUUUCAAUCCACAUGAGGGGUUCAGCUCAAGCACUCGUUACAACAACUACAAUUCCUUCAGUGCACAUGCUGCCAGCGGUUAUGCGCUGUCGUUCCACCCUGCUCACACGUUUGACACUCACGCGGGUCCAUCAAGCGCUCACGUUGCAUCAUCAAGUACUCGCCCUCAGGCUGAUGCAUCUUUAAGCGCUCCCGCUGAGUCAUCGAGCGCUCAUACUAAUCCAUUAUCAAGCGCUCACACUCAUCCAUCAUCGAGCGCUGAUAUGGAUCACACAUUCCCCAACCCCGAUUAUAACAUUUACAACAAUACAGUGCCUAGUACCGACCCUGCCUAUCAAUCCCUACCAAACCCCAACCACGACAUUCCACCGUAUGGACCGUCGGCAUUCAAUUAUGAGAGUUAUGGAUCAUUUGAGGGCUCAUACAGUCCCAGGCGUCUCGAGCAUCUUUCCAAUUUCGACAACAUGCAAGCACCUAACCCGCACCACGUACAAAUUCCUCAACUGUUUGACCACGAUGAAGAGGAACCAUCAGAGCCUCGAGAUGCUCUUCUCCCCGUCACAACGGGUGAGAUACCACAUUCACAAGUUAUACAUGACCCACAUGAUCGUCCAACAGACGACAACGCUGACGUCACUGCAACAAUGCAGGCAACUCCGAGUGCAACUCCGAGCCAUGCAGGAGCCUCGGGUGACAACCAUCAUUUCCAGGUUACAGGACCCAUCCGCAAUCAGAUCUUCAAGUGCUCCAAAGAACUUGUCAUGGGCAUCGCCCUCACAAAGGACGCGAUGGCCUCAUCUACGGCCGACAAGAAAUGUAUCAUCAAGUCUAUCAUUCGAAAGGCGACACCCAAGAUUCCAGGGCUUCAGGGAAUACCACGCUGGGAGAAUCAAACCAAGGACCUUGCAACAAUCUGGCGAGCGGUAAUUGUCAUGCACACGGCAGUUACGACCCUCACUCGAGAAGGCGUCAUAAUGGCCUACGGACUUUUCCCUCCACAGGGUAGUCCAAUCUCCCCCAAGACCUUCCACAUGGAUCGCGAUGGGACACUGACAAUUCACUCCAAGUUCAAAAAUCACUUCAUCCUUCACCUUGUCAUGAGAAUGGUAUGGAAUAUGUGCUUCCAACUCAACAUUUUGCUUGUCUCGCCACACAGACAGCUGCACUUUGCGAUGGGACUGGCCGGCGCAAUAAUGAAACGUGUGCUGGCAGAACAAGCACACCUGAUACUCACUGCACCUAAGUCGUCCCCAGACACAGAUGCUUUUACCUUCGAAAUGAUCUGUUCGGGUAUGGAUGAUCUCACUGAUGAGGAGAAAGUCGACUUGGAUGGGUGGAAGGAUCAUAUGGUCAUUUGUGGGACGUCUCAACAGCGCAAGAAUGAGCUCUCCGAUUUCGACUUGGACUCAAACUCGGAUAUCGCGUGA